AUUGAGAAAGUGAUGUCUGGUAAGAAGGAUCCGCGUGAACAGGAUCCCCUUGAUCCUGAGAAUGAUCUAUUCUGGGAUCCUGAUCUUCUCCGGCAACCCCCUCCUCCUCCUCCUCCAUCACAGGAUAAAUACAGUUUAAAACCUGUUGACCCAGCACCUAAAGUAGAACAAGAAGCAAUUAAUGUAUCGACGACUCUGAAAAGACCGGCCGGACCUGCUGCACCAUUUGACACUCAGGUCGACACAGCGAGUAUAAGUGAGCCUGAUGCUAAGAAGCUGCGCGAGACUGCGCAAGCUUUCGGAUACGGAAACCAGAAUCCAGGAGAACAGAUACGGGUCAGCGCAGCUACAGAAGGGUUCAGGAAAAUGUAUGUUGGUGCCCUUCACAUGCACACCACAGAGAAAAGUUUAACAGAUUAUUUCUCACAAUUUGGAGAAGUUCAACAUUGCCAGGUUCUAAGGGACAAGGAGACUGGGAUGACGAAGGGAUAUGGGUUUGUAACCAUGGCAAGUGCCAAUAUGUGCGCUAAAGUAUUAUCAAAGUCAGUUCAUGUAGUGGAUAACAGAACUAUCCGGGUCAGUUUAACCCACAGUACCAAGAACCUAGAUUUUAAACCAAAAAAUCCUAAAAACUACGAGGAAAAAAUAGAUCUCAUUCAUGAGGUUGGAAUGAUUGAUGUACGUGAAGGAAGAAUAUAUGUUGGAACUCUGCCUGAUAACGUGUCUCCGAAUAUUCUAGCCUCGCAUUUCUCUCAAUACGGUAUAGUGACCACCUCUAACGUGAGUAGGGCUGUGCACAAUACAAUGAAGAAGAAUUUUGGUGUCGUGAAUUUUAAGGAAACUAUGGCCGUGAAGCGUGUUUUACAGAAUCCACGACAUUAUAUAAACGAAAAAUAUAUUGAUGUCACACUUUCUAAGUUUGGUAUGGAAACCCUCUUGUCGGACUCCAUAGUCUGGUUGUGGGGGUUGGACUGGUCGGUGAAUAACGACGAUAUUUCUAGACAUUUCCAACAGUUCGGAGCAGUGUACCAUGCUAUGCACAUCUUUAACCCUGUGAGUGGAGAAAAACGCGGAUAUGGUUUCGUGGAUUUUGUUGACGAAUCAUCUACCAAGAAAUGUCUCGCGGCAUCCCAAAAGAGUCAAAAUCGGUUUGAGGUGAAGGGACAGCGCGGACAUUUUGGUAAAUUUUUGCCACAGAAAACCAAACGCGAUCUUAUGUACAUAGAAGAUAGGUUUGGAAAUCUUUUGUUGAAGCAAAUGUAUGACAAGGUUCCAAGUUCAGGAACGUGGGGUGGUGGUAAGGAUCACAAUGACUCUAUCCGAAGUACAGGAGCCCGAACUAUAACCUGUAAACUACCGAAGCAAAUGCUUCCUGUAGUAGUGGGAGAUGAUGGCAAGAUUGUUGCUGAUAUCGCCAGGGAUAGCAAAACUAAGAUUACGUUGAUAAAAGCAGCGCCCCAGGAGACUGCUUGCUUAUUUCAUAUUGUGGGAAAUGAACAGAACUGCAAAACAGCACAGUACAUGAUGCAGAUCAAAAUUAAGGAGCGAGUCCAGAAAGGAACAGAAACCAAGCACUCUAGAUAGCAGGGAUAAGAUAAACAUUUUAAUACCAGCACUUAAACCAAUCAAAUCCAAAAUCAACAAAAACAAACUUUUUGAUAAAGUUCAAGGCUACUUUUGUGUUUUAGUGAAUGUGAAUAAGUAUUAAAAGUGAAUUUUAUAACGAAAUUUCUACUCCAGAAAAAGUUUUGGUUGAAUAAAUGAAGUUCAUGAUUUUUUAUCAACUCCACUUAAUGAAAUUGUUAUGCAGUGCACUUUUUAUUUAAUGUAAAGCCAUAAAAUGUAAAGUUUAUAGUACACAUGUGUUUACGUACAGUGUACUGUAAUGAUGUUACAACUCUAGUUUCAGACUAAAUGUAAAGUUUCUGGUGCACAUGUGUUUACGUACAGUGUACUGCAAUGAUGUUACAACUCCAGUUUCAGACUAAAUGUAAAGUUACUGGUGCACAUGUGUUUACGUACAGUGUACUGUAAUGAUGUUACAACUCUAGUUUCAGACUAAAUGUAAAGUUACUAGUGCACAUGUGUUAACGUACAGUGUACUUCCAUGAUGUUACAACUCCUGUUUCAGA